AUGUCCGAUUCUAUUCGCCAACUCUUUGGGUUCAUCCUCGUAGCUAUUUGUUGGGGAUCAACAAAUCCUUUGAUUAAAAAGGGAAGUGCAGGGCUUGAAAAGGUUUCUGAGCGAUACCCUCUAGGUGGAUUACAAAAGUGGUUUGCUGAAAUAAAAUAUCUAUUGACAAAAUGGCAGUAUCUAGUUCCAUUAGUAAUCAACUUGAGUGGGUCCAUAGUCUAUUAUUAUACCCUUGGAAAAUCAGACAUGUCGCUGGCUGUUCCCAUUACCAAUUCGCUUACAUUCAUAUUUUCUCUAAUGACGGGCUUACUCUUGGGUGAGUCUAUUGGUGGAAGAGAUGCAUGGCUAGGCAUGGGUUUAGUCAUUAUAGGUGUUGUCAUUUGUGUCGGUGGAAAAUAA